CGCGUGGCUGCACAGGUGCCAUGUGUAUUUAUUGUUUCUCUCAGUAAGAUGAAAUGUACGCAUGUCAACAAUAAAUAUGAGGGGACAUAAAGCUAGCACAGAAAAUACCAAUACUUCUCUCUCCAGCCUGUUGGACUUCUGCGCGGAUACAAUCUCUACCUGCUUGUCGAGCGACGCAGACAAACUUUGCGCAUCCAUCGGCUUAAACUGUCUGUCUGCGCUGCUUGUCCUGCUGUCAUGCAUCCUGCUCGUGUGUCAGAGGUGCAGAACUCGGAGACAAAAUACGGGAGAAACGUUCACAUCCUUGUACAGCUUCCUCGGUAACCUGUGCAACACCGUGGGAGCCGUUCUGUCCAGUCAGCUGUAUAUUCUGAUCAUAAUGGGCACGUUUGCUUCUGCUGUGGAUUUUGUCCAUGUUAUUUCUUCCUGCCUCCCUGUGCUCCUGUGCUGGAAUUCACAGUCAGAAAAGAGGCAAAGGAUGAUAAGGAGCCGGAGGCGGCAGUACCUCCUUUCAAUGUGCGUUCUUAUGAUGGUUGGAGGAGGAAUUCUCAAGUCCAGGGUCACCCUGCGCCCAUUAGAGACCAGUCUACCUGGGAGGAAACUGCUGCAUGUCACCCUCCAAGACAACACUGAAGUCCUGGGUUACAUACUUGGCCUCCUCUCCUUUGUAGUUUCCUGUACCUCGAGGUUCCCUUCACUCAGCAGAGCAUACAGAGGACAGAUGUUGACCUGGCCCUAUGUUUAUUCAGGACUGAUGUGCUCACUGGCUGGUGCUCUCUAUGCUGCUGCGAUUCUCGUCUACGACACCAACUAUACGUUUGUUUUGAGAGUCCUGCCGUGGCUACUGUCAGCUCUGUGCUGUGUCUGCCUAGACCUUCUUAUCCUAGUCAUGUGUUGGUGCAGAAAAGGAACGAGGCGGCAGCUACACAGCUUUUCUCUGGAUACAGAGAGCCUUUUAGGUUGCUCAGGACUCACCAGUGAGGAUAAUGCUGUCAUGAAUAGACAUGCAAAACAACAAGUUAAUUCAUCAGCACAAACAGAAACAGAAAAAAAACAGAAGAUUACUGAGAUGGGCCGAUAUAUUGAUAUGAGUGUUCAACCUGCAAGCAAAACAUGGCUGAAGGAGGUGAUGUUGUCUAAGGAGGAGAUGGCGGACCGACCUCUCCACAGGACGGUGCGAGUGGUGAGAGUCAACGGUUUCUCCUCAGACACAUCAUACGACUCCUCAUUGGAAAGCUCUGAUCUGGAGUGGGAUUUUGAAGAGGCAAACGCCCAGUGGAAUGAACCAACAGCAAAACAACGGGAGAGGGCUGAGUUUCCACUCGUAGGAUGGCCAAAACACCCCAAACCCUGUAAACUGUGCACCUGUGCAACGUCUGGGCCCCCACAGAGAACUCUGUGUGGUAACGAUGACCAAAAGUAAUGUAAUACACAAUUGUUGGAUUCAUUUGAGGAGAAAUAAAAAGAAGUGUAAACAGUGA